AAUCAAACAAUAGCGUACACCUUCACAAAGGUAUGAACACAACACAACCCGAGGUAGCAAACACUGAGGUUAGUUUGGGGGAUAGUUUUCGUGUGGGUAAAAAUUAUUGUCGUUAUUUUCAUUAGUUUACAUAAUGAUGGCAGAAGAUAAAGACAUAACGAUUCAAGAAUUUCAGUUGGAUCCAGACGCUGAAUUAAGAUUCGAAGUAGAAAACAAAAAUGAAACUGUUGUUAUAGAGGUGAAGAGUGGCUUAGCAGAAAUAUUUGGUACUGAACUAGUCAAAGGAAAACAGUACACAUUCCACACAGGAGCUAAAGUUGCAGUAUUCACAUGGCAAGGGUGUACAAUUGAACUCAAAGGGAGAAAAAAUAUUAGUUACAUUGCCAAAGAAACACCUAUGAUGUUCUACCUGAACUGCCAUGCCUGUCUGGAGCAACUACGGAUCAAGGCAGAAGCUGAUGCUGGUCGGGGACCUGUCACACUAGUUGUUGGCCCCAUGGAUGUUGGGAAGUCCACAGUGACAAGGAUAUUGCUGAACUACGCUGCUCGCAUGGGACGUCGACCCAUCUACGUGGAUCUGGAUGUGGGUCAGGGACAAAUUUCUAUCCCAGGCACUAUUGGUGCAGUGAUGGUUGAGCGGCCAGCCUCUGUGGAUGAGGGUUUCUCACAACAGGCACCUCUGGUCUAUCACUACGGCAACAAGAGCAUGGGCCAGAACUUGACCUUCUUCAACACUCUUGUGUCUAGGAUGGCAGAAGUUGUCCAUGAUCGGAUGCGUGCCAACAAGAAAGCAAAUGCCUCAGGGAUCAUAAUCAACACCUGUGGCUGGAUCAAGAAUGACGGAUACAAACAUCUAAUGCAUGCUGCUCAGGCGUUUGAGGUAGAUGUAAUAUUGGUCCUGGACCAGGAGAGGCUGUACAACGAACUGGUCAGAGAUAUGCCGAACUUCGUCAGGGUAGUGUUGCUUCCUAAAAGUGGUGGGGUGGUGGAGAGGUUACAAAACUACCGGUCAGACGCUCGUGACAUGCGUACGCGCGAGUACUUCUAUGGUGGGAAGACACCACUGCACCCUCACUCCUUUGACGUCAAGUGGGCGGAUCUCAAGAUAUACAAGGUGGGAGCACCCGCACUCCCAGACUCUUGUAUGCCUCUAGGCAUGAGAGCUGAGGACAACAUGACCAAACUUGUGGCUGUUGCUCCAGGUCCCAAUCUUUUGCACCACAUCAUAGCCAUUACAUUUGCCAACAGUGUAGACGAUGAUGUUAUAAGUACAAAUGUUGCUGGCUUCAUCUGUGUGACCAAUGUGGAUGUGGAGCGGCAGACAGUGACAGUUCUCUCACCGCAGCCCAGGCCACUCCCAGACACUAUCUACUUGCUGUCAGAGAUACAGUUCAUGGACAGUCACUGAACCUGUGCAAUUACUUUAUGUUGAUUUCAAUUGUAUUUUAAAAGUUAGUACAAUACAUUUUAUUUGGUUUUUAUA